AUGCCGAACGGAAAGGUAUUCUCGCGGGAUUUCAUCGGCUGCGACGAGAUGAUGGAAUGUGUGACUUUCACAGACCAGUGGCAUGUUGGAGAUAGAUGUCUUGCACCUUUUCCUGAAGUUGGGAAGUUUUGAGAUGCUACAGUAAUGUCUUAUGAAACAAAUAGCAAUGGGAAGUGUUUUGCCACAGUUUCCCUUGGGAAAAAUGAGGAAGAGAAAAUACUUGCAACCAAAUUCUCGCAGAUCAAAACAAAUAAAACUACAAAGAAUAAUUUAAUAUUCGAUGAUGAAGAUUUGGAAAAGCCUUAUUUCCCAGACCGAAGCCUGCCGUCACCAACAGUUGCCUUUGAGCUGUCCAACAACGGGGAAGAGAUCCCUUAUACCAUUAAUAGAUACCUACGUGAUUAUCAAAGAGAAGGGGCCCAGUUUUUCCAUGGACAUUAUGUUCGUAAAAGUGGGUGCAUUCUUGGAGAUGACAUGGGGCUUGGGAAAACAAUCCAGGUUAUUUCAUUUCUGGCUGCAGUGCUAAAGAAAAAGGGAACACGGGCAGAUAUUGAAAAUAAUAUGCCUGAUUUUUUGCUACGAACGAUGAGAAAAGAAAUGUCAUCUGUUCCAAAGAAAAUUUUCUUGAUUGUGGCACCUCUUUCUGUGCUCUAUAAUUGGAAAGAAGAAUUAGAUGUCUGGGGGUACUUCAAGGUUAUAGUUCUGCAUGGCAACAGAAAAGAGCAUGAGUUAAAUCGAAUCAAGCAAGGAAAAUGUGAAAUUGUGCUAACAACCUCUGAAGCACUUCGUCUUUAUUUGAAUGAGCUUAACAGCUUACACUGGUCAGCUGUCAUUGUAGAUGAAGUACAUAGAAUCAAGAAUCCAAAAUCUCAGAUUACUCAGACAAUGAAGGCUCUAACGUGUAAAGUUCGGUUGGGACUUACUGGGACAAUUUUACAGAAUAACAUGAAAGAGCUUUGGUGUGUUAUGGACUGGGCUGUUCCUGGGCUCUUGGGUAGCGAAGCGAGUUUCAAGACAAAGAUUUCUGAUCCUGUAGAACUUGGCCAGCGGCACACUGCAACUAAGAGAGAGCUAGCCACAGGUCGAAAGGCAAUGGCAAGGCUAGCUCAAAAAAUGUCAGGCUAUUUCUUAAGGCGUACAAAGGCUCUCAUCAGUGACCAGUUGCCCAAGAAAGAAGACAGAAUGGUAUAUUGUUAUUUGACAGAGUUCCAGAGAACAAUUUAUAAGACUGUAUUGGAGACAGAAGAUGUGCAACUAGUUCUGCGGGCACGUGAACCAUGUAGCUGUAAUAGUGGCCAUAAAAGGAAGAAUUGUUGCUACAAAACAAAUGCUCAUGGUGAAACAAUGAAUGCGUUAUAUUUCAGUUAUUUGACAGUCCUUCGUAAGAUAGCAAAUCAUGCUGCCCUGUUACAGACAGAGAACACUAGCAAACAGCAGGAGGCCUACAUCACAAGGAUCUGCAGCCAUGUUUUUUCCAAGUUUCCUGAUUUUGUGGACCUUAGCAAAAAUGCUGCUUUUGAAACUCUUUCUGAUCCAAAAUAUAGUGGGAAAAUGAAAGUCCUUCAGAAACUUUUAAAUCAUUUCAGAAAAAACAAAGAUAAAGUGCUUCUUUUUUCUUUUUCAACAAAGUUACUUGAUGUUCUGGAACAGUAUUGCAUGGCAUCUGGGCUAGAUUACAGAAGACUCGAUGGCCAUACAAAGGCAGAGGACAGGAUCAAAAUAGUAAAAGAGUUCAACAGCAUGGAAGAAGUUAACAUUUGCCUGGUUUCUACAAUGGCUGGUGGAUUGGGUCUUAAUUUUGUUGGUGCUAAUAUUGUCAUACUGUUUGAUCCAACGUGGAAUCCAGCUAAUGAUCUUCAAGCCAUUGACAGAGCGUACAGAAUUGGCCAGCGUAGGGAUGUGAAAGUAUUUCGGCUAAUUUCUUUGGGGACUGUGGAAGAGAUGAUGUACUUACGACAGAUUUACAAACAGCAAUUGCAUUGUGUAGCGAUUGGAAGUAAAAAUGCCAAGCGAUAUUUCAAGGCAGUUCAAGGAUCCAGAGAGCAUCAAGGAGAACUUUUUGGGAUUCGUAAUCUUUUCAGGCUUCAAGACCAUGGAUCCUGUCUUACAAAAGAGAUUCUAGAGAGAGAAGGCCAAGUAGAAGCUGGUGUCAUGACAGCUGCUACGUGGUUGAAAGAGGGAUCCCGGCCUCGUGAGGAGACAGAGUGCGAUUAUGAAGAUCAAGAUACAAAACCACUAGAAAAGGAAGGACUUGAGUCUUACAGUGAUUUCAGUGAUGAGGAGCAUGAGAAAAAUUCUAAGGUCCAAGCAAUAAGAAAGAGAAAUUACAAAGCAAAACAUGCCAUAGUUGCAGAGGGACAACUCAGUUUACUGCAGUGUGGAUUUCCUAAACUUCUAGAAAAGAAAACUAGAACAGCUGAGGAUGGCGGAUGCAUCGGGAUGUCUAUUGAUGAAAAUGCGGACCACAGAUUUAUGAGAGGGCAAUCCAAAGGAAAGGCCCAGAUUGACGGUUCUGUGAAAACUGAGGGCAGGUACAUUUCAGGAUGUAAGAAAACCUUGCAGUCAAAAAUGAGUAUGGAGAGACAAGAGAAACAUGGUGAAAUAGCAACUAGGGCUUAUCCUGUUUUACCAUGCUCUGAGGAAGAAAAGGAUCGAUGUAAAAACAUGUACAACUCAAAUAAAGGUGGAAUAGUUAUGGACAUUGAAGACAGCUCAUGUGAAAGUGAUACUGUCUCUCCUACCCAAUUUCCUAAUGGUCAGGAAUCUAUUAAAAGAUUUCAAGAGAAAGACAGAAACUGUGAUCUUUUAGCUGCAGAAAAAAUGCAUUUGCUUACACCAUUGCAAAAACAUUUGACUUCAGAGGAGAGUUAUGCGAGUGUUCUGCCUUUCAGUAAAAUAAAACCAUUUGAGAACAUCCGAAAGAUAACAACUAGGAAAGAAGUAAGUGAUAUUAGCGACGAAUCGGAAGAUAUUGAGAUGUCCCUUUCAGGAAAGCAGAAAUUAACCAGUACUGCGAAACAGAAACGAUUCCAGAGCAAGGAAAGAAAUAAGUCUUCUAAAACUGUUGUUCAUAGAAGCAGUCCAAGUAGGAAAGAAAGCAAUGCUGAUUCUCAGAUUAUAGAGGAAUAUUCAUCAGAAGAAGAACAUUUUCCAGUUAAGACGGUUAAGGCUAGUAAAAAAAACCCAACGCUGAAGGUCAAUAGGAGUGGCAUUCAAAUUAUGUCCAGAUUCUCACCAUAUCUCAAUUAUCCUUCUAUGGCAUUGAGAACACACAGUAAUUCUAGCAAAUGGCAGUCUUCUGUAAGCAAAGAGUCGCCCUCAGGCCAAGGACAAAAAGUAGGAUCACUGGAUGGACUUUUUGAUAAUGUCGCUGAAGUUCCAUAUGUUCAUUCAAACCAAGAUGUGGUUGGCCCAAGCAAAGCUGAAAAUAAAAUGAGUCAUUGGGCAGUCCGAGAUGUUUUUGAACUACAACAAUUUUCCCAGCUCCCAGCAAACAUAGCAAUAUGCAGAGCCAAGGUAAAGAGCAGGAACUGA